AUGGAAAAUUCUGCAAAAGCAGAGGAGUGUGAAAAGAUCUCUCUUGAAGAGGCAAAAGCAUCAAUAGAUUUGGAAACAGAGUCUUCAUUCAGUAUUAAUGAAAACACAACCACUCCUGGGACUGGGCUUUCUGAAAAGGCUCCUAUCCGUGGACAAGUAGACACACCAAAAAAGAGAAAAAUGGAAUUUGAAGAUGAUCUUAUAAAGGAAAGUUCUAGUUGUGGGGAAGAUACUCCAACCAAGAAAAGAAAACUUGAUGCUGAAAUUGUCUCAGAGGAAAAAGGUUCUGGUGAUGAUGAAGGCAUUUCAAGGAAAAGAAGAAUGGAAACUGAUGAUUUUCCAAAAGAUGAACCUUCUACUGGAGAUGGCACACAGAAAAAGAGAAAAAUAGAACUUGAAGAUGUUCCUGAAAAGCAAAAAAACUUAGAAGAGGGACAUAGUUCAGCAGUGGCUGCCCACUAUAAUGAACUACAAGAAGUUGGUUUGGAGAAGCGUAGCCAGAGUCGUAUUUUUUACCUAAGAAACUUUAAUAAUUGGAUGAAAAGCGUCCUCAUUGGGGAAUUUUUAGAAAAGGUACGACAGAAGAAAAAACGUGAUAUCACUGUUUUGGACCUGGGAUGUGGUAAAGGUGGCGAUUUGCUCAAAUGGAAAAAGGGAAGAAUUAACAAGCUAGUUUGUACAGAUAUUGCUGAUGUUUCUGUCAAACAGUGUCAGCAACGGUAUGAGGACAUGAAAAAUCGUUGUCGUGAUAAUGAAUAUAUUUUCAAUGCGGAAUUUGUAACUGCUGAUUGUUCAAAGGAACUUUUGAUUAACAAAUUUCGUGACCCAGAAAUGUGCUUUGACAUCUGCAGUUGUCAGUUUGUCUGUCAUUAUUCAUUUGAAUCCUAUGAGCAGGCUGACAUGAUGCUCAGAAAUGCUUGUGAGAGACUGAGCCCUGGAGGCUAUUUUAUUGGUACCACUCCCAAUAGCUUUGAACUGAUAAGACGCCUUGAAGCCUCAGAAACAGAAUCAUUUGGGAAUGAGAUAUAUACUGUGAAGUUUCAGAAGAAAGGAGAUUAUCCUUUAUUUGGCUGCAAAUAUGACUUCAACUUGGAAGGUGUUGUGGAUGUCCCUGAAUUCUUGGUCUAUUUUCCAUUGCUAAAUGAAAUGGCGAAGAAGUACAAUAUGAAACUAGUCUACAAAAAAACAUUUCUGGAAUUCUAUGAAGAAAAGAUUAAGAACAACGAAAAUAAAAUGCUGUUAAAACGAAUGCAGGCCCUGGAGCCGUAUCCAGCAAACGAGAAUUCCAAACUCGCCUCCGAGAAGGUGGGUGACUAUGAACAUGCAGUAGAGUACAUGAAGAACAGUCAAGUAAGGUUACCUUUGGGAACCUUAAGUAAGUCAGAGUGGGAAGCCACAAGUAUUUACUUGGUUUUUGCAUUUGAGAAGCAGCAGUGAGCCACAUAUGCAGUAGCACCAGGACAGCUAUGUCCCAUCCUGUACAGAUUUGAAUGAUCCAUCCUAGAUUUGACAACUUUCUGUUUGUUUAUUUUAAGUAUUCUAAAUGUGCAGGAUGCUGCCGGAAACUCCAGUGUAUAAAUUCAACAUUUGCUGUCUAUGACAGAUGAACUUUUGUGUGUGUAUAUAAGAAUGAGUUGGGACCUUUGUCUUUAAAAAUCUAUUUUUAAGUAAUGUUCUAAGAAUUCCAUUUGCCUCACUACUCUCUUAGUGCAUAAGAAUUAUACUAUGACUUGUUAGAGCUGCUGAACUCUUUCCACAGUGCUCUGAUUUGUUCAGUGUUUGUUUACAGUAUUAAAUUCAUUGCAGUUGUAGAAUUGAUGAGGGAGCAUACAGGUUUGUGGGGGUUUGUGCUCAUUUCUGUAGUUUUGUCAUAUAGUGUUUUUCAGGAUUAAAUGGAUUGUGUUCUGUACAAUUGAAUGUGUUCAAUAUAUAUCACUAAAGUUGUAAGUUUAAAACAAAAUUUUAGAUGGCCAUGAAAGUUAUUUACCUAGAAUUUUAGCCAGUUAUUACAUUUCAUUAUAAAUACUAACUACUUUAUUUGCUAAUAUGAUCUAAUUCUGGAACAGGUUAGAAUGUUUUAUAUGCCAGCAUAAAAUUGUUUUGGAUUUUAGGGGCUUUAUCUUAAGAAUUUCCUUCCAUAGCAAUUAAUGUUUCUGGUUAUCAAGAAUGUAAUUAGACAGAUUUCCCUUUCUUCAUUGAACAAAAAUGCCAUAGUUGUUUUUCCACGAUUUACUGAAAACCUGUCCCAUACGAACCUAUUGCACAUUUUCCUCAGAUACAUGUAUGGAACUGCAACAGAAGGAUGAGACUAAAGGAAGCCGAAAAGCAGACCAGAUGAAUUCUCCCUGACAUUAGAGCUUACUGGCACUGUGUGCUGUGUAGAUCCUUUACUCCCCUUCAGCCCCGAGAGAAGCAGUACCUGCUCUUCUAUUACAAGAUCAUACUUUGUGCAGUAGGAUGCAGCAUAUCAUCACCACUCAGAAUUUGUAUUUGCCAUUUCAGAACUGUUAACCGUUUUUUCAGCCCUGGCUUCUUGCUUGACUCCUCUUCCAAAACUGACACCUAGGUGAACUGUUGUCCUUACUUUACAUUACUGUUUAAAAAACUUGCCAGUGUUUAGGUGUAGUGAAAAACUUACAAAGAAGAAAGCAGAGCAGUUAUUGCAUAUUCUUCUAAAAAUCAUUUAUUUAUGCAUGGAUUUAAAAGACAUUACUUUCUGUAAUUAUCCAGAGUAUUUGUUUAAAACGUGAGGUUUCUUAAUUUGUUUAUAUAUGUUGAUUAUUCAUGAUGUUAGAAUAAUAGACCUUUUAACAAGAGAACACGGGUUACCUAAUUUGUUUCUUGUGCAACUUGUCAAUCUCCAAACUGUUACCAGUUUACAAAAAUUAAGUCUUUUUAAAGCCUUAGUGGUGGUUUGCCAUACGUCAUUUGGGGAAAUAAUAGUAUUUCUGACUAUGGUGGCUGCCGUUAGCUAACAAAGGUUUGGUAAUGGUGCUGGGCGGUAGGAAUGGUGAGCUCUUAGUUUUAGAAACACACCCAGGUUAAUUUUAAUUCUGGGGGAAGUUCCAGAAAGUAUUUUGAUAGAGGAUGUGGCUUCUUUAUUGUUUCCUAUCAUCAUUUUCAUUUAAUGGUCUUAGCCAAUUUUAAGCAAGUUAAUAAAACAUUUUUAGACUCUUGCUCUUUCCACCCCAUGGAUGAUUUGUGGGAGAGAAGGAUCCCCUGAAGGAUGGAGUGAUUGGUGACAGUACAGAGCAGAAAAGGAAGGUAGAGUCCCCCGGGGCCUUCACUGAAGGGGUGGAAAGGAGUAAAGGAAACCCAAGUGGACUGAGCCAAUGUCUUCACUCGCAGCGAGCGAGGCUGUUGUGUGUACAGAAGGUAUAUGGAGCUGCACCCAGAGGAUGCAGAGUUCUGGCAUUGCCCUUGUGCUUGAGCUUUAUUGUUCUCUUAGCCACCUCUGUUCUUCACUCCUGGAUGCCUUCCUGCUGCAGCUAAGUGUCUAGGCAAUGACUCAGGAAGAACUUUUAGGAAAAGGUGGAUCCUGCCCAUCACCAAGGUAAAAGCUGGGAGGAUACACACUCCCCCCCCCUACCACCACACCCACAGUCUCAGUGUUUGGGAAUUUUCCAUUCAAGACUUGUAACUCUUAUGAGGGGGGCAUGGCUCUUUACUAUCAGGUCAAUGAUGUGAAGUUUGUGGGAGUGAACACAGGCACUCCAGUUUGUCCUCCAAGGAUGAAAAAAAAUGAAGAUCAAACCAGCCAUUUGUAGAGAGGACACAAUCUGUGGACUGGGAGGCUUGGUCUGGGAACAUGGCUGGAUUGUGGUAUAACAAUGCUCAAGUUGAAUUCUUUGGGCCUAGACUUUGACUUCUGUUAACUAAUGUGCAUAAUGACUCCAAAAGGCAGAUUACCAGUAGAGUUUCCUAGCCUACCUUAUCCCCAAACUUGAAAAUUGAGGAGAUGUGAUUGUUGCCUAAGCAUUAAUAGGGCAUCAGAGGUGUGCAAAGUGAUGGGGUUUGAGGCAGCGUGCAAUGUUGGUCAGCAGUGGAGAAGUAGAAAAAGCAUUGUCAGCUAUCAGAGGUCCAGAUCUCCAGUCGCAUUAGCUCUUAUGGGGAUGUAUUCUUCAGUCUGUCUUAGCUUAAUUUAUGUUAUUUUGCUAAGUCUUCAAGUAUCCUAUUGAAGAUGUGGUUUCUUGUGUAGGUCUGCCAGUGUGAAUAUUCUAGCUACUGAAUACUAUUUUUCAUUGUUGAUAAACUGACUUUGUUGUCCACUUCAGGCUUUGUAUGUAUUGUGAGCCAGUUACUGCCAACAUCUCUGGGUCUUCAAAGUAAGGCCAGAUCCAGGGACCAGGGCCCUAUAAUAAUUGUACCAAAAUGCCUGUGGUAUUUACUGGCCUUUUGGUCAAAUAGAAAGCAUAGGUAUAUGAUAUUACCACCUCCCUAGAUGGUGUUAUGUCAAAUACUACAUAACUGAUAAGUUUCUUCAUUUUUUGCCCUCUGACAGAGCAACAUUCCUGAUUCCUUGAAGGCAGUUGGUGUAGUGGCUCUUACACUUAUUUAUUUAGUGAUAUAUGUGACUAGGCUGGGGGACAGCCAGCUCUUCACCUUCUCAAUUUCUCUUCUGCUCCCAUGUAAUCCUGAGGCAUGGGCUCCUGUUCCUUAACUGCAAUACUAAGCAAGUGCUGGACAUCCAAAAGUACCCUCCUCAAUUUGGAAGACUUUUGGGUUAGCCCCACAGCCCUCUGCUCCCUAGAUUUAUCCUGGGCCAUGCUUCCUUGGGGGACAGCAUACCUUGCUUGGAUAAAGCCAGAUUGACAACAUUUAUUAAGCUCCUUAGGUCAGUUAUUUUUCUAAAUCUUUUAUAUGUGUUAAUUCAUUCUGAUCCUUAUAACUAUAUGAGCUAAGCACUGUUAUCCCUGUUUUAAUAAUGGAGCUGAGCACAGAGAGUACAAAGUUGCCCAAGGCAGGGCCAAGAUUUGAAUACCCAUAUCCCACAAGUUAGGCCUGCAAUCCAAUCUCACGUUAUACCCCUCUUCUCACCCAUUCGCUACUCACAACUUGAUAUGUUAACUGGUUGGUGCUCCAACCUUCUGAUUCAAACUUUUGACACUUAUUUUGGGGCGCCUGGGUGACUCAUUCGGUUAAGUGUCUCCCUUCAGCUCAAGUCAUGGUCCUGGGGUCCUGGGAUCGAGCCCUGUGUUGGGCUCCCUGCUCAGAGGGGAGCCUGCUUCUCCCUCUGCCCCCCCCACCCCGCUUCUGUACAUGCGUGUUCUUUCUCACACAAAAUCUUAAAAAAAACCCAAAACAACCUUUGAUACUUAAGUGUCCCCUGAGAGGAGAAUCCAUCCUGCAUAAGAGGCUUUAGGGCAGAGAGAGCAAGAGGGCAUCUGAGUGUACUUAGGGACCAAGGGUAAAAAGUAUCAACAGGCAGAAGGGCAAAGAUAGACUUUGACUUCACAUUUUGGUAGACCUGCUCCUUUAGCAAGCAGUCCUAUAGCAAAUCUAGUUUAAUCUGCAUCUUAGGGGGUGGGGGAUGGUUCUUUUCCCACCCUCACCAUUGGGAAGUACCAAGAGGUGGGAGCACAAGUGUGACUAUAGCCAAAGGGAGAGGCCAAGAGAGAAGGAAUCAUUUCUUCAGUCUGAGUUGAUUACCCAGGCAGAGGCAAAUCAUUUUGUUUUAACUUUUAAUUGAAGUAUAACACACACAGGUUGGCUUUUAACAAAUGGAACACAAAUACAGUCAUCACUUCAAUCAACAAACUUACCACCCCCUGCAGGAGCCCCCUUCAUGUUCCCUUCUACUUACUACCUCCCCAAGGGUAACCACUGUCUGACUUCUAAGAACAUAGAUUAGUUUUGUCUGUUUUUGGACAUAAUAUAAAUGGAAUCAAAUAGUAUGUAUUCUCUUGUACCUGGUUUAUUUGCUGUACAUUAUGUUUGUAAGAUUUUUGUCGCAUGUAUUUGUACGUGGUUCCUUCUCAUGGCUGUAUAGUAUUCCAUUGCAUAAAUAAACCAUAUAUUUAUCA